CAUAGAAAAAUAAAGGGGAGGAAAAUAGAAGUCAUACUGCCGGGACGGAAGUGAGCCACAUUUCCUCUCUCUCUCUCUCUUCCUCGCUUCUCUUCCGAUCCAAACCCUACCCCUUGAAUUCUCCUCCCGCCAUGGCGACUUCCGCUGCUCUCUUCCUCUCUCCCGCCCCUGCGUGCUUCUCUCGUGCGUCCCAUCUCUCUCGUUCUCGUCUCCUCUCUCUUCGGGUCGCGAAGCAGAUUCGAAUCCGGUGCGUCUCUUCUUCACUCGAUUCUUCCAACGCUUCCGCCGUUGUAGAAAAGAGCUCUUCUUCGUUGAAGGCUGAUAAAUGGCAAUGGAAGUUUGAUGGCAAUUCUGUCAAUGUCUACUAUGAGGAACAUGAGGGGGGGAGUGCUGCCAGUGCCAAGAAUAUUCUAAUGAUACCCACGAUCUCGGAUGUUAGCACUGUUGAGGAAUGGAGAGCAGUUGCUAAGGAUAUUGUUGCACGGGUAGAAGUCCAAUGCCAUGCUACCAUAGUUGAUUGGCCUGGUUUGGGCUAUUCAGACAGGCCCUCGCUUAAUUAUAAUGCUGACAUCAUGGAGGAUUUCUUGGUUCAAUUUAUGAAUGCCCCAGAUAGCCCGUUGACAAAUUCAGAUUCCAUACUACCUCCCAUGAACUGCCUAUCAUCAAUGUAUCAUUGGUAUAUGCUGAAUUCAUGCGAUAUCUCUGACAUGGACAGGACAUGCCUGGGAGAGAAAGAAGAGGACCUUGGGGAGUCUGCUGAUCCCCAUGCCGAGUUGGUAAUUUUUGGUGGAGGACAUGCAGCAACUAUAGCACUUCGUGCAGCUGGGAAGGGUCUAAUCAAGGCAUCAGCUAUUGCAGCCGUUGCACCUACUUGGGCUGGUCCCCUACCUAUUGUCUUUGGUCGAACUGCUCCCAUGGAAUCGAGGUAUGGGUUCUUGAGGGGAACCCUAAGAGCGCCAGCAGUUGGUUGGAUGAUGUAUAAUGUGCUCGUAAGCAACGAAAAGGCCAUCGAAUCGCAAUAUAAGUCCCAUGUAUAUGCAGAUACUGACAAUGUGACCCCCAGCAUCGUUCAGAGCAGAUAUGCACUGACAAAACAGAAAGGUGCUCGAUAUGUGCCCGCGGCUUUCCUGACUGGGCUUCUUGACCCUGUUACAUCUCGGGAGGAGUUCCUCAAGCUUUUUGGUGAGCUGGAUGGGAAGAUGCCAAUUCUAGUUGUAUCAACUGCAAACGCUCCCAAGAGGUCCAAGGCUGAGAUGGAUGCUCUCAGAGGGGCCAAAGGUGUUACCAAGUUUGUGGAGGUACCAGGCGCCCUCCUCCCACAGGAGGAGUAUCCUUUCACCGUUGCAGAAGAGCUGUACAAGUUUUUGCAGGAGAGUUUUGCAUAAAAAGCCGAAUGAAGAUGCCGAUUUUGAACUAUAAAUAACAAUCCAAUUUGUAUUUGAAAUUUUAUAUUUCUUACUUGAAUAAAUUCAUAAAUUACAAGUUAAGCUCAGAAUUGGAAGAUCUCGAAGUUUUGAAUUUUA